UCGUGUCGGAUGUCCGCACUUCAUGGCACCGGAAGUGAUCCAACGGCGACAGUAUGGGAAACCCGGUGACGUCUGGUCAGCCGGAGUGCUGCUACACGUCUUGCUAACUGGCACACUUCCGUUUGUCGGAUCUCGAGACAGGCUGCGGGAAGCGAUCUGUCGAGGGCGGGUGCAGAUGGAGACACCACUCUGGGAUCCCAUUAGUGAACCGGCGAAAGAUCUCAUACAGAGAAUGCUCACAACCGACGUAAAUCAUAGGAUCACCAUCCAGGAGGUUCUCAACCAUAAGUGGCUCAGAGAUCGUGAUAAGGGUGCAGCCCGUAUACAUUUAGGUGACACUAUAGAAGAGCUUAAGAAAUUCAAUGCGAGGCGAAAACUGAAGGACGCCGUAAAAGCAGCCGUCUCCUCGUCGAAGUGGCAUGCUCCGUAUUCAGAAGCUAAUGGCGACAAUUUCUCUGACGUCGGCGAUGACGAGAUAACUACAGGCGCUGUAGCUGAAAUUGCGGAUUGCUUGGAUGACAUUGAAAUUCUUGAGGAAAGUGACAGACUGUUGCGGUCGGAAGUUCUCAAUGCCGUUGAUGAUCAUCGAAUUCGAGUCAUCUUAGAGCUUUAUGACAGAAUCUCAGGUCGUGUACCAGCACCGUAUCGAGCACCACAAACAGAUGCGGUUCAACGUGCUCGUGACGUUGAAGAGAUCCUUCGGGAAGCAGAGCAUUCGGCGGUGAGAAAUAUCGAUAGAGCUGAUCUUCGAGAACUUCACGAAUUAUUGGUUCAGCCGCAUAUGAGGGCACUUCUACAAGCUCACGACGUUGCCGGUCACGAGGUCUACGGCGAGGAAGCCACCAGGGUAACGCCACCUCCACUUCUCACGUAUUUGAAUGGCGGCGACGAUCUCGAAGGACAAAACGGCGAUUUAGAUGAAAAAAUUACUCGCGUCAGACUGGUGCAGUUCCAGAAAAAUACGGAUGAGCCGAUGGGAAUCACAUUGAAAAUGAAUGAGGAUGGGCAAUGCUUCGUGGCGCGGAUUAUGCACGGUGGGAUGAUCCAUAGACAAGCCACUCUUCACGUCGGUGAUGAGAUUAGAGAGAUCAACGGUAUACCAGUUCAGAAUCAAUCCGUUAAUGCCUUGCAAAAGAUUCUGCGGGAGGCACGUGGAUCGGUGACUUUCAAGAUCGUGCCGUCGUACAGGAGCGCGCCGCCCCCCUGCGAGUUGUUCAGGAUUAAGCCUCUGCCAGUGUUAAUUUUCGUUCGAGCGCAAUUCGACUACGAUCCACUGGAGGAUGAAUUGAUACCCUGCGCACAGGCUGGAAUCGCUUUUAGAACCGGUGACAUUCUGCAGAUCAUCAGCAAGGAUGAUCAUCAUUGGUGGCAAGCGAGGAAGGAUAACGCGGCUGGUUCCGCGGGUCUUAUCCCAUCGCCCGAACUUCAGGAAUGGCGCAUUGCUUGCAUGUCUAUGGAGAAGAACAAGCAAGAACAAGAUGCUGAAGGAGAAGGUGGAUGUUCUUCUCACACCGAAGGCUGCGACGGUUCGACAGUAAAUUGCUCAAUAUUCGGCCGGAAAAAGAAGCAAUACAAGGAUAAAUAUCUUGCAAAGCACAACGCUGUUUUCGACCAGCUGGACCUGGUGACCUACGAAGAGGUCGUGAAGCUUCCUUAUCCUGCCUUCCAACGGAGAACUUUAGUAUUAUUGGGAGCACAUGGUGUCGGUCGACGACACAUAAAAAAUACGAUUAUUUCCAAGCAUCCUGAUAAAUACGCCUAUCCUAUUCCGCAUACAACGAGGCCUCCACGAAGUGACGAAGAAAAUGGUCGUAAUUACUAUUUCGUAUCGCAUGAUGAAAUGAUGGCAGAUAUAGCUGCUAAUGAAUACCUCGAAUACGGUACGCAUGAAGAUGCUAUGUACGGAACUAAGCUUGAAACUAUCCGCAAAAUUCACGAAGAAGGCAGAAUGGCCAUAUUGGAUGUUGAGCCACAGGCACUGAAAGUUUUACGGACUGCUGAAUUUGCACCUUACGUCGUUUUCAUCGCUGCACCAGCAUUUGCAAAUGUUACAGAUUUCGACGGUAGUUUAGAACGUUUGGCGAAAGAGUCGGACAUGCUGAAGCAGGCAUAUGGGCAUUUCUUCGAUUUGACCAUCGUGAACAACGAUCUCGACGAGACGAUCGCCCAAUUGGAGGCUGCGAUUGAACGCGUUCACACGACACCACAAUGGGUGCCCGUUUCUUGGGUCUACUGACAGCGGUCUUCACCGAUUCGUCACAUCGUCACCACGGAUUGCAAUGGCUCAUCGAGGAUGAAACAGUGAUCGCUGGUGCCGUGACGAUCAUCGUAUCACGGUCGGUCCUCUCGACGCGAAGAUUUGCCGUCAACAGUCACUGGCGUCCAACAGGAAUACGCCGCAGACAAUUACGUCGUGCACGUAGGACGUACUCAACGUACUAGCAAACAUGCUCGCCGUCGAUCGGCUCGACGGUGAAAACGAUCAAAGUGCGUGACUAUACGAUGGCCGUGUGUUCAUGAAAUUCUUUCCAUCGCAUCGUAAUUGUUAUUAUCAGUCGCGAGACACGAGAGAAGACCAGCGACGUAUCGUAGUCAUCUUGAUCCAUCGAUGAGUAUCGCCGUUGCGUCCGCUACCGAGGCGUCGGAUCAUCCGGAAAUGGAACGCGUCAUCAUCGAAGCACGACGAAGAUCAGUGACGGCAAUAAUGUCGUCACGUGCGUCUAGAAACGGACGCUUUUUCGCGGACCACCAACUCUUUCCUGAUUUCAUCUCCUUCUCCCUCUGUUCCGUCUUCCUUCUUUGAAGAUU